GCGGGGUAGGGGCUGUGUAUGCGGGAGAAGGAAGGGGUGGGAAUCUGAGGAGGAGACUAUAUUUUUAUUAUUAUUUUUAAUUUUUUUCUAAUAUUAUUUUCGCCGUACAAAGAGGACGCUCGGAAUUCACCGGCCUGUCGGCUCCCGAGAGGGACCCGGGAAUUGUGCGGCCGCUUUUCUUCACCUGCUUUUUUUUUUUUUUUGGUUGUUUGUUUGUUUGAUUGGUUUGGUUUUUUUGUUUGUUUUGACUGGGGGCUUUUUAUUUUUAUUACUCUCCUUAUCCUUCCCCGCUGAGCAGCGGCGGCAGCAGCAAUAUGGCUGGUGAUGGGCUUUUUGGGGGGCGCUGGCGGCGGGAGGAGCUCUCGGAAGCCCCUGCGCGCCCGGCUCGCUGUUAGCUAUGGCAAAUGGCAGCGGCGGCGGCUCCUACCCGGGCGGCAGCGGCAGCGGCAUUAGAAUGAGUAACAAUAUCAACGCCAACAAUCUCAACACAGACUCGUCCUCCUCCCCCGUCAAUGUGCCCAAGAUGGAUGCGCUCAUCAUCCCGGUGACCAUGGAGGUGCCCUGCGAUAGCCGCGGACAGCGCAUGUGGUGGGCUUUCCUCGCCUCAUCCAUGGUUACUUUCUUUGGGGGACUGUUUAUCAUCCUGCUGUGGAGGACCCUCAAGUACCUGUGGACUGUCUGCUGCCACUGCGGGGUCAAAAACAAGGAGGCCCAGAAGAUCAAUGGUGGUGGAGAUACACAGGCAGAUGGAGCCUGCAAACCAACAGAUGAAAAAGAGGAGAAUGUGGCAGCAGAAGUGGGAUGGAUGACGUCUGUGAAGGAUUGGGCAGGAGUCAUGAUAUCUGCCCAGACAUUAACUGGCAGAGUACUUGUUGUCUUAGUCUUCGCUCUUAGUAUUGGUGCUCUUGUAAUAUACUUCAUAGAUUCAUCAAAGAGCCGUACAGCAGACUCAUUGAUCCCAAUAGAAUCCUGCCAGAAUUUCUACAAAGAUUUCACAUUACAGAUCGACAUGGCUUUCAAUGUGUUCUUCCUACUCUACUUCGGCUUGCGUUUUAUAGCAGCCAAUGACAAGCUAUGGUUUUGGCUAGAAGUUAACUCAGUGGUAGAUUUCUUCACGGUCCCUCCAGUGUUUGUGUCAGUAUAUUUAAACAGAAGUUGGCUUGGUUUAAGAUUUUUAAGAGCCCUUAGACUGAUACAGUUUUCAGAAAUCUUGCAGUUUCUGAAUAUACUUAAAACAAGCAAUUCCAUCAAGCUAGUGAAUCUGUGCUCUAUAUUUAUCAGCACGUGGCUGACAGCAGCUGGGUUCAUACAUUUGGUGGAGAACUCAGGGGAUCCAUGGGAAAAUUUCCAAAAUAAUCAACCGCUGACAUACUGGGAAUGUGUUUAUUUGCUGAUGGUUACAAUGUCCACUGUUGGCUAUGGAGAUGUUUAUGCAAAAACAACCCUUGGUCGCCUUUUCAUGGUCUUCUUCAUCCUUGGGGGAUUGGCCAUGUUUGCCAGCUACGUCCCUGAAAUCAUAGAGUUAAUAGGAAACCGCAAGAAAUAUGGUGGUUCCUAUAGUGCGGUUAGUGGAAGAAAGCACAUAGUUGUCUGUGGUCACAUAACACUUGAAAGUGUGUCGAACUUCCUGAAGGACUUCCUGCACAAGGAUAGGGAUGAUGUCAAUGUAGAAAUCGUCUUUCUGCAUAAUAUCUCCCCUAACCUUGAGCUGGAAGCUCUUUUUAAACGACACUUCACUCAGGUGGAAUUUUAUCAGGGUUCAGUCCUUAAUCCCCAUGACCUGGCAAGAGUAAAGAUAGAGUCAGCAGAUGCGUGCCUAAUCCUUGCCAAUAAAUACUGCGCUGACCCAGAUGCUGAAGAUGCCUCCAAUAUUAUGAGAGUUAUUUCCAUAAAGAAUUAUCAUCCGAAGAUAAGAAUUAUCACUCAGAUGUUGCAGUACCACAAUAAGGCCCAUCUACUAAAUAUCCCAAGCUGGAACUGGAAAGAAGGGGAUGAUGCUAUCUGUCUUGCUGAGCUGAAGCUGGGUUUUAUAGCCCAGAGCUGCCUGGCACCAGGCCUUUCAACAAUGUUAGCCAACCUCUUCUCUAUGAGGUCAUUCAUAAAGAUUGAGGAGGAUACGUGGCAGAAAUACUACCUGGAAGGAGUUGCAAAUGAAAUGUAUACAGAAUAUUUGUCUAGUGCCUUUGUGGGUUUGUCCUUCCCUGCAGUUUGUGAACUGGUGUUUGCGAAACUGAAGCUCUUAAUGAUAGCCAUAGAAUACAAGUCGGAGAAGCGCGAAAGCAGAAGCCGAAAGCGUAUAUUAAUCAAUCCUGGAAACCACGUCAAGAUUCAAGAAGGUACCUUAGGAUUCUUCAUUGCAAGUGAUGCCAAAGAAGUAAAAAGGGCAUAUUUUUACUGCAAGGCCUGUCAUGAUGACAUCACAGAUCCCAAAAGGAUAAAAAAAUGUGGCUGCAAACGGCUAGCCACAAGGAGAGCAAAGCACAUGGAAAGCAUGCCUGAUGUGGAAGGAAUGUAUGCAUUGCCUAACAUAUUGGAAAAAAAUUGUUCAAGAACAGUUUAUCCAUGUGAGAAUGUGACCUUUGAACUGCUGCCAAAGCCAAUGAGUCUGCUGACCAAGAUGUCCAUCUACAAGAGAAUGAGACUGGCAUGUUGUUUUGAUUGCGGACGCUCUGAGCGUGACUGCUCUUGCAUGUCAGGCAGUGUACAUAGUAACAUGGACACCCUUGAGAGAGCCUUCCCACUUUCUUCUGUCUCUGUUAAUGAUUGCUCCACCAGUUUACGUGCCUUUGAAGAUGAGCAGCCGUCGACACUAUCACCCAAAAAAAAGCAGCGAAAUGGAGGCAUGCGAAAUUCACCCAACUCCUCACCCAAACUGAUGAGGCAUGACCCCUUGUUAAUUCCUGGCAACGAGCAGAUUGACAAUAUGGAUGCCAACGUGAAAAAAUACGACUCUACAGGGAUGUUUCAUUGGUGUCCAGCCAAAGACAUUGAAAAGGUCAUUUUGACUCGAAGUGAAGCAGCGAUGACAGUUUUAAGUGGGCAUGUAGUCGUUUGCAUAUUUGGGGAUGUUAAAUCUGCUUUGAUUGGAUUAAGAAAUUUAGUGAUGCCAUUACGAGCCAGCAACUUUCACUACCAUGAACUCAAGCACAUUGUGUUUGUGGGUUCACUUGAAUACCUGAGAAGGGAAUGGGAGACACUGCAUAACUUCCCCAAGGUUUCAAUCUUGCCUGGUACGCCAUUAAGUCGGGCUGAUUUAAGGGCUGUCAACAUCAACCUCUGCGACAUGUGCGUUAUCCUGUCAGCCAAUCAGAAUAAUAUUGAUGAUGCUUCGCUGCAGGACAAGGAAUGCAUCUUGGCGUCACUCAACAUCAAAUCUAUGCAGUUUGAUGACAGCAUUGGGGUCUUGCAGGCUAAUUCCCAAGGCUUUACACCUCCUGGGAUGGAUAGGACAUCUCCAGACAAUAGUCCAGUCCAUGGCCUUUUACGUCAACCCUCCAUUACAACAGGAGCCAACAUCCCUAUUAUAACAGAGCUAGCUAAGCCUGGCAAACUUCUGCCUUUGGUUUCAAUCAGUCAGGAAAAAAACAGUGGAACCCACAUUCUAAUGAUAACUGAACUGGUAAAUGAUUCAAAUGUUCAGUUCUUGGACCAAGAUGAUGAUGAUGACCCCGACACAGAACUGUAUCUCACGCAGCCUUUUGCUUGUGGAACCGCAUUUGCUGUCAGCGUGCUGGACUCUCUCAUGAGCGCGACAUACUUCAAUGACAAUAUCCUCACACUGAUACGGACAUUGGUAACAGGAGGAGCCACACCAGAGCUGGAAGCACUGAUUGCUGAGGAAAAUGCAUUGAGAGGAGGUUACAGCACGCCCCAGACACUUGCAAACAGGGACAGGUGUCGAGUUGCUCAGUUGGCUUUGUAUGAUGGGCCAUUUGCAGACCUAGGGGAUGGAGGUUGUUAUGGAGAUCUGUUUUGUAAAGCACUGAAAACAUACAAUAUGCUUUGCUUUGGAAUUUAUCGAUUAAGGGAUGCACAUCUAAGUACUCCCAGCCAAUGCACUAAACGUUACGUUAUCACAAACCCACCAUAUGAAUUUGAGCUUGUGCCGACGGACUUGAUCUUCUGUUUGAUGCAAUUUGACCACAACGCUGGCCAGUCCCGAGCCAGCCUUUCUCAUUCCUCCCAUUCCUCCUACUCUUCCAGCAAGAAGAGCUCAUCAGUUCACUCCAUCCCAUCAACAGCCAACCGACCGAACCGCACCAAGAGCAGAGAUUCCCGGGACAAACAGAAUGCAACAAGGAUGAAUAGAAUGGGCCAAGCAGAAAAGAAAUGGUUUACAGAUGAGCCGGAUAAUGCCUAUCCCAGAAACAUUCAAAUCAAGCCCAUGAGCACUCACAUGGCCAAUCAGAUCAAUCAAUAUAAAUCGACAAGCAGCUUGAUACCACCAAUACGAGAAGUUGAAGAUGAAUGUUGACUCCUUCGAAGCCAGAACUAUUUUUAUAAAGCCUGACAAACUUCAUGAAUGGUGAUGUGACAUUUAUUCCUCUUACUUGCUGAACCACUGAUGGAGAAGUUAAGAAGGGCACGCUUAAUGGGAAAAUAAAGUAGACAGAUCUUUGUUUGUCUGCCUUUGAUAUUGCUUCCACGUAUUUUGGAAACUAUUUCAUUUAUAAAUGAACAUAAUCAAAACUAGUCAUGUAUAGCCUCUAGCAUUUUAAAUUAUUUUUAUUUAUUAGAAAAAAUAUAUUUUUCUUUUUUUUUUUCAUUGUUAAGUAUUUUCCCUUAAGAAAAUGGCAUUUGUGGCCAGACUCCUAAGAAUUAAAAAAAACAGCAAACCCUCAGUCUUUGGCUUAAAGGAGAAUGAUGGUCACAGUUAUAAGGAUAUGUAAUUAAGGGAGACAAAUGAUAUAUUUACAGAAAGGAAAAAAAGGUCCAACUUGUAUUUUAGUAAAUCAAAAAAAAAAAGAAGGAAAAAACGUACACUUCACCAAAAUGUUUCCUUACCAGAAGAUGUGUAUUUUGUUCAGCAUUGACACCAGCUCUUAAUAAAUUGAACUUAUUUAUUUUCAGAGUUGAAAGUCAUAUUUUUGUACAUGUAACAUUCUUCAGAAAUAUUCUUUGUUUUAUUAACAUAUAUAGAUCAUCUUGACUGCCUGUUGUGUGAAGAACCCCCCAGGCUGUGCCCUGCCCCUUCUCACGGUGGCACCCACAGACACCCAGCACCCUCGGGAGCACGCUGUGACACAGCCUGUGACACAGGCACAGGGAAUGUCACCACCCCAGCAAGGCCGUGGUGGGCACUUGCUAGAAAUGGCAAAUUUGGCAAUUGCACUUCACUUCCCAUUAGCCAUCAGCAGCUGCUAAUUUCUGGAGGCAAGCUUGACAAUUCUUCUUCUUUUGCCACUAUUAUGGUGAUUUAAUCCAGAGUGCAUAAAAUAGUGCAUGGAAGCAUCAGUUAUACACCAUCUCAUCCACCACAUUUUGUUAGUUCCUCACUUUGAAGUGCUGAUGGCCUGUCAUUGGUCUGAGAUGGUACAAAUUCUUCCUGAUAUGUAUAGAGAUUUAGCUCCAGACCCUUGCACUUUAGUAAAACUCAUACCCUGGUAAAGGGCACAUGGAAACUCUUUUUGGUUAAUUCACACCAGGAUAAAAACUGGUUUAGCUUCAGCUCUACAAUCUCACAACGUGCUGUCCUCAGUUAAUUCCUACAAUAAGCAACAUCUUAUUUUAGCAGUUGUUUUUCUUGUUGUUUUUUUUUUCUUUUUCCUUUUAUUUAUUUUUACUUUGCUGGGACACCACACACAAAAGUACAGUAAUAACCAAAUAAAGAUAAUAAAAGUGAUGAAUGUAUUUAUUAUGAUAACAUGCAAAAGGCCUUUGAUGGGUGCCUUUUGUGUCAGCAGUUUCACAAAGUUGCCAACAAGCUUUAUAGCCAUCAGACAAAAAUGUGAUGUUUCAUAUCUGUGCUGCAGUAUCCACCCACCCAAGCAUUUAUGUUCUAAAUGAUUUAGUUACUCUCUCUAUCUCAAAUAAGCAGCAUCUGACACAAUUGUGUGGAAACAAAAAAAAAAAAAAAAAAAAAAGGAAAGGCUGUGAUAGUAGGGAAACAAAAACCAAAACCACAAAACCAGAGUCAUCAAGAAAAGCAGAUUUUCAUUGUGGAAGUUAACUUUAGGCUUUGUAAUUUUGCAGAAUUGUUAAACACCACAAUUAAACAUACAGUGGUAUUUUUAUCAUUAGAGAAAUAUCAGUGAAUCAAACAAAUACAAAGCAGAUGAUGAAUUUAUUGUGAAAACAAUGAUGUCCACUAUGUAAUCCAACAUUUAAGCCAAACUAUCUCAGCUUUAAUGUUUGUCCACUGGCUGCAGUACAAGUAUAACCAUACUAACACCUAAUAGGCUUUAUUCUGGAGUGACUUCUUGGACUGUGACUAUUUUGUUGUUACAUUUUGUAGAAUAGCUAUUUAAAGACAAUAAUGAGAAUUGUUAAUACAGUAUCUGUAAAAUUGGAUUGUUUAAAAUAUUUCACUCUCCUACAGAGUAACAAAACAAUACAAUCAGUUUUUCAUUAUUCUUUAGAUGCAUGUUUAAUGCAUUUCACAGUCCCCAAAAGAGAAGAUAAUUCCAGUGAGUUCUUCCAACAUAUGCUGCUUCAGCUAGUGACACGUUAUAAUUUACAUCCAGUCUCUGCAUUGGGUCAUGUUAAGCCUUUUCUUUGAAGUCGGUGCUCCUUUUUCCUUUAUGAACUGCAUUCAUAUUACAACCAGAGUGAAAAAUGCUGGUCCUGAGUACAGGAGAAUUGUAGAAAUUUGGGUUCAACCUCACCAAACACAUAUGAAUUUUAAUUUCUUUUUCCUGAGCAGACUGAUGUUUGCUAUAGGGGCAUAGAACAUUAUAUCUUGUACCUUAUCAUAUACAGUGCCACUGCUGAGUGUCCUUCCUUCAGAAGUGAACAUUCACUGGGUAAAACACACUAAUGACUCAAAUACAGCACCCCUACAUUGCUAAGGUUUGUGUGUGUCUCUGUCCAGUUUAAGUCACACCCAAAAUCCCAUGCUACUGUUUAUAAAUAAAGGACAAGACCUGAACACACUCAGAGAGCUGCACAUGCAAUGGCUGAUAGGACAACACCCAUGGAGAGCAAACAAGACAGAGAGAAACAGGUGGAGUUAUGGGUCUACAUUUCCCAUUUACAGAAAAGCUAAAAUCAGUGAUAGUUUCUUAUUCCUGUUUUUGAUCAUCAGAGAUGCAAGACUGAUGUCUGGAAAUUAGAUGGAGGAACAGAUGAUAGAAAAGCAGUUGGGAUCUUUGAUAUUCAGCCAUUAAAAAUUACAAUAAAUGGAUAUAUGAAGUUACAUCAAAGCUGGGAAAAGCCUGGAAAAGGGACCUAAGUGACAGCUGACAGACCACAUGAUGACUAAUACAGAAAUAAGUUCUUGGUCUUUAUCAAUAACUUUUACCCCCAUCUCAGAAGGCAAAGAUUAAAAAAAAAAAAAAAAAAAAAAAAAAAAAAGAAA